AUGGCCAACUUAAAGACGUACCGGCAGCAGGAGGGGUUUCACGAUCGGAAGUCUGCCGUUCCGUCGACGGACGUUCCCCCGUUGGAGGACCCUCUUGCGGGUUAUAUAUUCGUGUGCAACAAUGAAACCAUGGAGGAUGACAUUAAACGCGAGCUUUUCGGCUUACCGCAGAAGUAUCACGAGUCGGUUCGGGGGAUUCAACCGGGAAUGCCGCUGUUUCUCUACAACUACACCACUCACCAUUUACACGGCGUCUUCGAGGCAUCAAGCGAAGGUGGCCUGAACCUAGACCCGUCGUUAUCGAAAUUUCCAUCACAAGUUAGGGUUCGUCUGCGGGAGCAACGGUCACCGCUGGACGAGACCAAGUUCCGUCGGUUCCUGUAUCACUACGACGGGCCCAAGUUCCGCCUCGAGCUCUCUUUGACCGAGGCCAACAACUUGCUGAGAGUCUUUGGGUUGCUGGAAGGGGAAGAAGGCAAGGGGGAGAAGAAGCAGCAGGGGGACGAGGAGGGCGGGCAGUGGGAGAAGGUCAAACCCAAGGGCAGGGGUAUGCGCGGCGGUUAUUCUGGCGGCGGUGGGGGGCAUUUCCGCGGGAAGAAGCACGGGCACCCGCAUCAGGGGGCGCAUUGGCGCUCCGCGCAGAACCAAGGGGGCAAUGGCGUGGGGCAUGCUGGGGGGGGCGGAGGGGGAGCAGGAUGGGUGGGCGCAGGGCGAGGGGGUGGCGGCGGCGCAGCAGGGGCAGCAGCAGUUCCGCCGCCGCCGCCCGCGCCUCCCGCAGCUGGCGGAAAGGACAGCGGAGGCCGCGCGGAUUCCGCAGGGCGGUGGCGGCAGGGGGAGGCGGACGGCUGCAGCAAGUCGUCUGGAAGCGGAAGUAGCGGGAGCGGACUGGUUUCCCCCGAUUUGAGCACCACGGGGGGAAGCAGCAGCGAGGAGCGGUCGUCCGCGGGCGGGGGGGAGCACGAGGCGGAGUGUAACGGUAACGGGGUUCUCCAUACGGAGGAUAGGCGGAGCGAAGAGUCCUCCUCUUCCGAGCAAGGGGCGGAGGGGGAAAAAGCGGGGGAGGCAGACGCGGAGAGGGCGGGGAGAGGCGGGAGUCCGGGGAAGGCUGCGGGGGAGGGGGGCGCAGGUGGGGCGGGAGGUGGGGGGAGUGUGUGGUCGGUGCGUAGCGCCAAUGUGUCAUUUGCUGCGGUUUUACUGGGGAAGGCGGAGGAAGGCGCGGCUGCUGGGGGAAGUCCUGAAGGCGCGGAGGGCGCAGCGGGAGUGCCCUCAGGGGGAGGCGCGGGAGAGACUGGCGGAGGGGCGGGGGGAGUGGCAGGCGGAGCAGGCGCAGCAGGGGUGGCGGAGGCGAGCAAGGAAGAACCCCGCUCGGACUCAGCUAGCGCUUCUGCUAGCACUGACGUACCGGCUUCUGUGGCAGGAGCAACAGUACCAGCGCCAGGGGAAACCCGCUCAAGUAGCCCUCCAAAAGAGGGUAAACCAGCGGCUAAAGCCCCGAGUGCGAGCGGGGAGAAGGCUGGUGACGAGGAGGAGGAGGGGUGGAUUAAAGUGUCUAGCGGACCCAAGGAGAAGGCGCAAGGGAGGGGCGGAGCAGGGGGGGCGGCGGGAGCUGCUGCGGGGGCGGGCGGAAGGGGGGGGCGGAGGGCGAGUGGGGAGGAGAAAUCCGCGGGUGUGUGGGUGAAGAGGGGGGCGCCGGCUGCAGGAGGGGGCAAGGAAGGUAAGGGCGGGGGAAAGAAGGGGGCGGGCAAAGGGGCGGAUAGGACCGCAGGGGGUGCAACUAUUGCUGGUGUGGGGGCUGCUGCUGGUGCAACGGGUGGUGCUGCAGGCAGUGCUGCUUCUACCACAGCUGUAGCGGCACGCUCUGGUGGGGAGGACGGGCAGGCAGCAGGUGCCUCUGCCGGCGCUGGCGCUGCUACAGCCGCGAGCGACGCAGCUGCUGCUGCUACAGCCGCGGAUGGGAAACCGCUGGCAGCGGCACCACAGCCGGCGAGGUCCCGGCGCCCGGCGUGGCAGGGGAACGACGCGGCGAUACUGAAGCGUCUGGGCGACAGCGGGGCGGGGCAGGGAAGCACAGGCCAGGCAGGCGGUGGCGCUGGGUCUGCUGAAGGGAGAAGCCAGAAGCACCAGGGGUCGCAGUCGCAGUCUCAUGGCGCCAGUGGGAAGCAGGACGGGCAGAGACAGCAGCAGGGGCAGCAGGGUAGGGGGGGAAAGCAGGCAGGGAAGCCUGGAGAGCAGGCUGGUGCUGGGGAGAAGGGGAAGGACGGGAGGAAGGUUGAGAGUGGCAAGACAGGGGAUAAGGAAGAGGGGGUGGAGAAGGAAGGAGGGUGUGAGAAACCCGGGGAGGGUGGGACGGGGGGGCCGAAGGGGAAGACCCAGGGGGGUGAGAGUGAGGGUGGUGCUAAGAAGAGCAGUGGUGGUGGAGGGGGAGGAGGAGGAGCGGGGUCUAAAGUUUCUGCUAGGGCGGUGCCGAUCGCAGGGUUCCCGGCGUUCCCGGUGCCACCAGCUGCGCUGCUGCAAAACGCGGCGGCGCUGCAUGGGGAGGUGCUGGCGUAUGCAGAGGAGGUGCGGCCGCCCAGGGAGGCGCGGGUCAGCGCGGAGCAGGCAGUGGCGUGUGUGAGGAGGACGGUCAGAUCGCUGUGGGAAGGAGCCGAUGUUGAGGUGUUUGGUUCAUUCGCCACUGGCCUUGCCCUCGCUCACAGCGAUGUUGACGUGGCAGUGAUUAACGCACCUCCUCCACCCGCUGACCUACCAGAGCUCGCGACCCUGUCAGGUGCGCGCAUCAGUGCACCGCUCAUCAGGCAGCUGGCAGCUGCACUGAAGAAGCAGCCGUGGUGCGAGAGCCUGCACACCAUUGAAACCGCCCGCAUCCCCGUCAUCAAACUCAAGUGCCGCCCGCUGCCGCCCGCUUCCGCCGAAGGAGCAGAGGAAGAGAAGGAGAAGGCCCCGUCGACUUCUGAGCGGGGCGCUGGGUCUUCAGGUUCUUUUGAGACGUCUCAAAGGUCUUCAGGCUCUUCUGGUUCCACAGAGGGGAGCGGUGGCGCGUCGGUGGUGGGAGAGAGCGAAGCAGGAGAGGCAAACGUCACAGCGGCGGCAGCAGCAGGUUCGGCAGCCACGGCGCUGAAGCCGUCUGCUUCGGCGUCGGACCUGGUGGGGCCGAGCGUGCAGGGAGUGGUUCGGAUGGACAUAACGUUCUCCCUGUCGCGGCCCAAGGCCAUGGAGGUGUCUGAUGCUGCCAGCAGGGUGCUGGCGGGGAAGCUGGACGAGGCUGCUGCGGCUCACAACGGAUCAGCGGCCAGGGAGCUGGUUAUUGAGCGGCUCAAGAAGAUGCCCGCCCUCGCCCCCCUGGUGCUGCUGAUGAAGUCCUACCUGCACCACCGGGGUCUCAAGGACGUCUACACUGGCGGGCUCGGGUCCUUCUCCCUCACCAUGAUGCUCGUCUUUUACCUGGAGAGAGCUCCUGUCGCAUGUGGCAUGUCCCCCCCUCCUGCUACUACUGCUCCUGCUGAGGCAGCAACCAAGUCACCAGGAUCCAAGUCUGCAGACUCCAAGGUUGAGCAAGCCAGUGCUGCUGAGAAUAGCAACAGCAGCAAGGCGGUUGAAGUGGCGUCAGUGACUGCAGCGGACGGACCUGUGAAGGGGGUAGUGGUGGACGACUUGCCUGGUUCGGCGCAGUCCGUACCUGUGCCGAACCUGGGAGUGCUGCUUAUCGGCUUCCUGCAUCUGUUUGGUCAGGAGAUUGACCUUUCUCGCGUGCGCCUCAUUCUCAGGGGUCUGAAUGGCAUGCCGGGCGGCGUGUUCUGGCGCGACCCCUCCAUGCCGCCGGCUGCUCUCUGGAUUGACGACCCGCUCCGCCCCGGUGCCAACAUCGGCUCAGGCUCGUUUGCCAUGUGGCACGUGCAGGCUGCCAUGCGGGAAAUGCUGCACGUCAUCUCCAAGCCAGUCGCUUCCCCGUCCACCACCGCUGCUGGAACCACCACCUCAUCUCCCCCACCUGCUUCGCUUUCACAGUCUCCUCCUAAGUCCCCAGCACCCGCUGCUGAUGGCAGUGUAGCUGCAGAAGCAGCCUCCUCCUCCUCACCACUACCUGCUGUUGCUGCUGCUGCUGCUGCUGCUCCUCCUGCUGCUGAUGAUUCAAAUGCUGCCAACGCCACCACUCCUGCUGCUGCUCCCCACGUCUUCACCCCCUCCUCCAGCCCACUCCUCUCGUCCGUGUCUCCCGUGCUCUCCUCCCCAUCCCGCCCCUCGAUCUCUCUCCUUGAUCUCGCCUUCUCCACCCGCUUGCCCAUCACCCAGUCCCUCAAACCAGCAGAGCUCGCGUCCCAUGCCUUGUCUGUUGCUGCUCCUCCUGCUCCUCUUUCUUCCGCUCCCGCUUCUGCUGCCCCUCUCUCGGUCUCUGCUGCACCUUAUGUCUCGGCACCUAUUCCUGCUGCUGCUGCAGUCGCAGCAGCGGAGUAA